AUGGCAAAAAGGUUUUUUACUGUUGAAGAGGCUGCUGCCCUAUGCAUGGCCUCCAGCUCAGAGGAGUUUAGUGACUCUGAUUCUGAGUAUGUGCCCCCUGAAUCAGAAAGUGACUCUUCUACUGAUGAGUCACCAGGUAGUAGUAGCACGGUUACUGCCCUUGAGGAGCCCAUGGAGUUGGAGCAGGAUGUAGAAGAGGAGGUUGAGGAUCAGGAAGAGGGUGGAAGGGCUGAUGCUGCAACUGGAGGAGAGCCUGCAUAUGCUCAGGCGUGGCAUCCCACUGAUAUUGCUGAAAUGAAGAGGUUUGUGGGACUUACUCUAGCUAUGGGGCUUAUAAAAGUAAAUUCCCUGGAGUCCUACUGGGAUACCACUACUGUGCUAUCCAUUCCAAUCUUUUCUGCCACAAUGCCUAGAAACCGGUAUCAGCUACUGCUCCGGUUUCUGCGAUUCAAUGAUAAUUCUAGGGCUUUACCCCCUAAUGAUCCUUCCCAUGAGAGGCUGCAUAAAUUGAGGCCCCUAAUAGACAGCCUGUCUGAGCGAUUCGCAACAGUGUACACCCCCUCCCAAAACAUUUGUAUUGACGAGUCCCUUCUCCUCUUCAAAGGGCACCUACACUUCCGUCAGUACAUCCCAAGCAAGCGUGCCCGCUAUGGGAUCAAAUUUUAUAAACUUUGCGAAAGCAGCUCGGGGUACACCAACCGCUUUUUGAUUUACGAAGGAAAGGACUCACAAUUAGACCCACCUGGUUGUCCCCUUGACCUGACUGUCAGUGGCAAAAUUGUGUGGGAGCUCAUCACUCCACUAUUAGGCCGAGGUUACCACUUAUACGUGGAUAACUUUUACACCAGCAUCCUCCUAUUCAAAACCCUACAUUGUUUAGACACCCCAGCCUGUGGCACCAUAAAUCGUAACCGUAAAGGAUUGCCCAGGGAACUCCUCGACAAAAAACUGAACCGUGGAGAAAUGUAUUCCCUAAGAAAUGAUGAGCUCCUUGCCAUCAAAUUUUUGGAUAGAAAAAAUUUUUUCAUGCUGACGACCAUCCACGACACGUCAGUAAUUGAAGAACAGAGAGCUGGUAGGCCCCCAAAAUCUAAGCCUCUCUGUAGCAAGGAGUACAGUAAGUACAUGGGUGGUGUUGACAGAACAGAUCAACUCCAACAUUAUUACGAUGCCACCCGAAAAACAAAGGCCUGGUACAAGAAAGUUGGCAUAUACCUUAUUCAAAUGGCCCUUCGAAAUUCAUAUGUUGUCUAUAAGGCAGCAGUACCAGGCCCCAAAUUGUCUUAUUAUAAGUACCAGUUGCAGAUAAUCCCUGCCCUGUUGUUUGGUGGUCUAGAGGAGGCAGUGCCUGAGAUGCGUGCCAGUGACAACGUGGCCCGAUUGGUGGGGAAGCAUUUUAUAGACACGCUUCCACCAACUCCUGGAAAACCAAGAGCCCAAAAAGCCUGCAAGGUGUGCCACAAAAGGGGUAUCAGACGAGAUACACGGUACUAUUGCCCAAAGUGCCCUCGCAACCCCGGGUUAUGUUUCAGACCAUGUUUUGAAAUAUACCACACUCAGCUGCACUACUGA